AUGAUCUGUGUUGCUUCUAGUGGACAUUGUAAACAGCUUGCUCCUGCAUAUGCUGCCGCAGCUGCACAAUUGAAAGCAAGUGACAGUGAUAUAAAACUGGCUAAAGUUGACGCUACAGCACAAGCAGAUUUAGCUCAGAAAUAUGAAGUUAAAGGUUAUCCAACGAUUAAAUUUUUCUCUGAUUCAUCCAUCUUCGAAUACACAGGUGGUCGAACAGCUGAUGAUAUUGUUAAUUGGUUGAAGAAGAAAACAGGUCCAGCUGCACCAGAAUUGAACACAUUAGAAGAAUUAAAAACGUUGAAAGAAGGAAAUCAAGUCGUCGUUAUUGGAGCAUUCAAAAAAACCAACAGCGAUUCUGCUGCAGCCUUCUUACAAGUUGCUAAAAGUCAAGAUGACCUUCCAUUUGCUAUUACAUCCAAUGCUGACAUAUUAAAAGAAUUAGAUAUCCGAGCUGAUACUGUUGUUCUCUUAAAAAAGUUUGACGAAGAACGAAACGAUUUAACAUCGGAUAUCACUGAGAGUACAAUUCGUGAAUUCAUUCAAGCAAAUCAGAUGCCAAUGGUUGUCGAAUUCAACGCAGAGUCCGCUCAAAAAAUAUUUGGUGGAGAUAUCCAAGUCCAUAUUUUACUGUUCGUUGGGAAAAACAAUGAUCAGUAUGAAAAAUUACAAGAACAAUUCAAAGGAGCUGCAAAACUUUUUCGCGGCAAAACAUUAUUCGUAUCAAUUGAUACCGAUGAUGAAGAAAACGAUCGUGUGCUUGAAUUUUUCGGUCUCAAACAAUCAGAUGUACCAGCUUUACGUUUAAUAACAUUAAAAGAUGAAAUGACCAAAUUUAAACCAGAAUCAAAUGAGAUAACAACUGAUGCGAUAAAAACAUUUGUACAAGCAUUUUUUGAUGGUAAAUUAAAAGCACAUUUAUUAACACAAGAUCUACCAGAUGACUGGGAUAAAACUCCAGUUAAAACAUUAGUUGGAACAAAUUUUCAUGAAAUCGCCAAAGAUAAAAGCAAAACAGUUUUGGUUGAAUUUUAUGCACCAUGGUGUGGUCAUUGUAAAGCUCUUUUUCCUAUUUGGGAUCAACUUGGUGAGAAAUACCGAGAUCAAAGCGAUAUUAUUAUUGCCAAAAUUGAUUCGACUGCAAAUGAAUUAGAAGAUGUUAAAGUUCAAAGUUUUCCAACAAUAAAAAUGUUUCCAAAGGAUUCUGAUGAAGUUAUUGAUUACAAUGGUGAACGAACAGUAGACGGUUUCUCAAAAUUUAUCGAUAGUAAUGGUAAAGAUGGUGGUAAAGUUUCUGAUAAGACCGCCGAACAUGUGGAAGAAGCUGGUGAAGAAGAAGAACCGUCCACUGAUCCCUCGUCUCAUGAAGAUUUGUAA